AGAAUAUAAAAUGAGAAUGGAACAACAGAGAAAAGAAGAGAAAGACAAAGAAGAAUUGGUUAAAAAUCAAGAAACGCAGUUUGCAGAACUGAAAAGGAAACAGGAUGAAGAAAUGGAAAGGAGAGAGAAAGAAGAGGAUGAGAGGAGGAAACAUGAAGAGAAAGAAAGACAAGAAGAAAAAGAGGAAUGGGAGGAACAGUUGAAGAAAGAAAGAGACAGACAACAGGAAGAAGAAAGGCUGAGGAGACAGAAGGAGGUAGAAACUCUUGUAGAACAAGAGAAAAAACAGAGGAGAUUGAGAGAGGAGUUUGAAAGAGAGAGGAAACAAGAGAGAAUAAAGAUGAAGGAAUCAGAAGAGAAGAGGACAGAAAUAGAGUGGAAAGAAAGAGACCGAAUAGAAAAAGACUUUGAAGAAAAGAGGAGAGAGUUGACAGACAAAAUGAAAAUGCAGCAAGAUCAGUGGGAGAAAGAACGUAGUGAGGAACAGGAAAGAAGAUUUAAAGAGGAUGUAAAUCGAAGAGAGGAGGAGAGACUAAGACUAAGAAAACUGGAGGAAAAUUUUCAAGAAGAACGUGAAGAAGAGAACAUGAGGAAAGAGAAGGAAGAAAAAGUCAGGAGAGAACAAGAAGAGAAGAAAAUGAAGGAAAUGAGGUCAGAGUAUGAAAGGAAAACAAAAGAAAUGAUGGAUAAAUAUGAACAAGAGGCCAGAAAACAUGCAGAGGAAAAUAAUAACUUUAAAGAGAAAUAUGAAAAUGACAUCCAAAAAUUAUUGGAUCAACAUGAAGAAGAGACGAAGAAACUAAUACAAAAGCACAAAGAGGAGUAUGAUCUUUUAAAUGCUCUAUAUGGUCACGAUAAAACAACACUGUCUGAUAAAAUCAAGGAAUUGGAAGAGAAGCAUGAGAAAGAGAAAAAAAAUCACCUGUACAGAUGUGUUGUACAGUGA